UUCCAAACAAAAACCCCAAAAGUUUCAUUUUUUUGGUCUCAGAUUUUACCUUUCCUCGACCCCGCAAUCCGAUUACCGUCGAAUUACAGCUCCAAUUGCUCGAGGGGUCGUGGAAUUUGAACUUUGUUAACGAAAUCAGCUAUGCAGAGCCAGCUUGUGUGUAGUGGGUGUAGGAGCAUUCUUCUAUAUCCUAGAGGAGCUACAAAUGUAUGCUGUGCAUUAUGCAAUACAAUCACCCCAGUCCCUGCUCCUGGGACGGAAAUGGCUCAACUUAUUUGUGGGGGUUGUAGGACGUUGCUAAUGCAUACGCGUGGGGCAACAAGUGUGAGGUGCUCCUGUUGUCACACAGUAAAUCUUGCUCCAGCAUCCAGUCAGGUCGCCCACAUCAACUGUGGAAACUGCCGGACAACGCUUAUGUAUCCAUUUGGAGCUCCUUCGGUCAAAUGUGCAGUCUGUCACUUUGUUACUAAUGCUGGGAUGGCCAAUAUGAGGGUUCCAAUUCCAGCGCACAGACCUAAUGGGACGGCCAAUUCAGGAAUGGUGCCCUCUACUUCAGCGAGCCAGACCGUUGUCGUUGAGAACCCUAUGUCUGUUGAUGAAAGUGGCAAAUUGGUGAGCAAUGUCGUUGUUGGUGUCACACGGGGAAAAACUAGCACAACGUGAUUCUGAAAUCUAUUGCAGCUAGUUUUACUUCGCACGGAACAAAUCAAAUCCUUAUUACAGAUUACUUGGAAGAUAGACACGAUCGACAUUGGUUGUAUAUUUUUAUUGUGAGUCGUUCAUAAACAUGUGUGCGAGAAACAUUUCAAAUGUGAGGCGUCGGAUAAAUGUAUUAUCUACCAAAUUAUCUACCAAAUAGACUUGACGCGGCGAGCGAGGGUAUUGCUGUCAUUCUUGUGAUUGCUAUCUCACCCGUGCCGUGUGUCCCAAGUUUAGUCGAGUCACUGCGCAUAGAGUGUACGUUUUUGAACUACAAAUCCAGUUAUCACAAAUUUGUAAUGUAUGUAAACAAUCUAUGUUUUUUCGUUUGAUGAUGAUGGCCUGCUUCUGUGCAA